AUGUAUCAGACUGUUGACUCAACAGUUGCUGGUGACGAAGUAAGGUUUGAGGACUUCAGGGAGGUAAAGGAGAACAUGCAGCUCCUUGAGAAGAAAUUCCGAGAUUUAGAAGGAGACCACGUCUUUGGAUCUGCUGCCAAAGAAAUGUGCCUUGUAUCCGGGUUGGUGAUUCCGGCAAAAUUCAAAACUCCGGACUUCGACAAAUACAAGGGGCACACUUGUCCAAAAAGCCAUCUCAUCAUGUAUUACCGCAAAAUGGCUGCACACGUGGAGGACGACAAGCUGAUGAUACAUUGUUUUCAAGAUAGCUUAAGUGGGGCUCCUUCCAAGUGGUAUUUGAGUUUGGAUCAGAACAGGAUUAGGUGUUUCCAAGACCUGUCAGACGCGUUCAUAAAACACUAUAAAUAUAACAUGGAUAUGGCGCCUGACAGAAGACAGUUGCAGAGCAUGUUCCAACAUGACAAAGAGUCCUUCAAAGAGUACGCUCAGAGAUGGAGGGAGUUGGCUUCUCAGGUCGAACCACCUCUGGAUGAGAAGGAAUUGGCUGAACUGUUUAUCGACACGGUUCAACCCCGAGAAGAUGGAGCUCGCGUCGAAUAUGGUGUAAGAAAUGGAAAACUGGCGGCUGUAGCUGGGACUUCAAACGCUAAUCAAAAGAAGUUCUCUGGAGGGUUUCCUAGGAAGAAGGAAGGGGAAACAAAUGUUGUGACUGUUGGACAGGGAAGAGCUCUUCCAAGAAGGAGACCACAACAAUAUCCACCUCAGCAGUAUGCUUAUCAAGCGCCUCCAGUUUAUCGACCAGCUCCAGUUCAACAACGUGCUGCGGCUCCGCCAGCUUAUCAACAAGCACCAACAACUCCUGCUUAUCAACAACCGAGAGCUCCAGCGCCAAGGCAAAAUGCUCAAAACCAAAAUAGGAGGCAAGGGGAGAGGGCGACCUUCAAUCCAAUCCCAAUGUCGUACACUGAGUUGUAUCCCUCCCUAUUGCAAAAUGGGUUGGUGGUUCCCAGACCUUUGGGACCUCCACCUGACCGUCUUCCUCCAUGGUACAACCCUAAUGCACACUGUCCUUUCCAUGAAGGUGCCCCCGGGGAUGACCUAGAGGGUUGCUAUGCUCUAAAGCACAGGGUUCGGGAACUGGUUGAGAGCAAGAUCCUGUCUUUUAAGGACAUGGGACCGAAUGUGAAGAACAAUCCUCUUCCUCCCCAUGGAGAUCCUGCGGUGAACGCCAUUGGAGAUGCAUCUACUGUUGUUAUGGUUGCGAAGGUGGAGGAUGUUAAGACUCCUUUGGCAGCAUUCCAUGCCCGAUUGGUGGAAGCUGGCAUGAUUAAUGUUAAUCAUGAAAAUUGUGAAGAGUGUGCCACAUACCCAAAGGGAUGUCAGGUGGUACGAGACAACAUUCAACAUUUAAUGGAUAAAGGAGUGCUUCAAAUAUCUAGUGUUGUGAAGAACGAAGACGUGUUGGUAAUUGAACCUUGUUUCAAUUUACCCGAACCAGUGGAAAUCCCUUACUAUAGCAGAAGGGUGGCACCUGAGAAUAGUCAUCCGUCGCCUGUUGAAAUAUGUAUGCCCAUGCCUUUUCCCUACGAGAGCACCAAGGUCGUGCCUUGGAAAUAUGAGAUUACUGUUGUGGAUAAGGUUGUUGAAGGAAGUUCAGACGCUGAGGUGACAGAAACUGUAAGUGAAGACGUCACCAAUAUUGCAGGGAUGAGCAGAAUGACCCGUAGUGGUCGAAUCUAUACGCCCGAAUUCAAUGUGACUCCUCAAGGUCCAAACAAGGAAUCAACAGUUGUAGCUCCCACUAUAGAACCCGAAGUGGUUCAAUCCGAAGAUGCUGUUGAAUUCUUGAAGUUGAUCAAGAAAAGUGACUACAAGGUUGUGGACCAGUUGCAUCAAACACCGUCUAAGAUCUCUAUUCUGUCUCUGCUAUUGAACUCCCAAGCCCAUAGGGAGGCUUUGUUGAAGGUGCUUGCUCAAGCUCAUGUAACACAAAGCAUAACAGUAGACCAAUUUGAUGGAGUAGUGGCAAACAUCACAGCUUGUAAUACUUUGAGUUUUAGUGGAGAGGAAUUACCCGAGGAUGGACAAAAUCACAAUCGUGCUCUCCAUAUCUCGGUAAAAUGCAAAGAUGAUGCUUUGGCAAGAGUGUUGGUUGAUACCGGAUCUUCUCUGAAUGUUAUGCCAAAGAAAACACUCGCCAAAUUAUCUUAUCAAGGACCAGCUAUGAAGCCUAGUGCCUUGGUAGUGAAAGCUUUUGAUGGGGCAGUUACCUCCACCCUACGUCAGAAGAUGAAGUUUGUAGUGGACAAUCAACUAAUCAUCAUUUUUGGAGAGGAGGACUUUGUGGUCAGUCACCUUUCAUCCUUCAGGUAUAUUGAGGCUGAUGAAGACGCUUUGGAAACUUCUUUCCAAGCUCUUGAAAUAGCCAAUGCCACUUUUGUGGAAAUGAAGGACCCUGUUGGGAAAGCUUGUUCAUCUUUCGCUUCUCUGAAGAGCGCAAAGUCUAGUAUCGAAGGAGGAAACCCUGAAGGUUGGGGUCAAGUUAUUGAUAUUCGUGAGAAGCAUGAUCGCUUUGGUCUGGGAUAUGUGCCUUCCGCUGUGAAAGGAGCCCGAGUCCCUGCAAAGGACAACACCCGAAGCAUCCAGGAAGUGUUCCUUAGCACAGGAUUCAUCCAUGGAGAUCAGGUCGAUGCAAUUGAAGAUAGCACUGCAAAUGAAGAUGAGCCAUGUUUGGUCAUGUAUGAACCUAUUGAUAAAACUCCCUUUGAUUUUUCUCAAGUAAUGUCAGGUCAUGUCAUGUAUGAACCUGUUAAUUAA